UGACUGACGGCUGUUCCCUUGCGACCUGCUCUGAUUUCCGAACAAAAACCACGGAGCUCGUUCUUCUGUCCAACAUGAGCACAGAGCGCCACCUGGCGGCGGACAGAGGGACGCACACAGGUGCUACGAUGAUCACCUGACCGCUGAUUUCUUUCUGCCUCAAACAUUGAGCGUCUGCGAAGCUUCACCGAACAAACCCGCCGUGUUCGACCCAGGCUGCCGCUGAGCUCCUGCCGGCUCCAGCACCGGGCUCACCGCGAGGAGGCUGCGGAGCCUGAAUGAGUCGGUUGUGAGCUCUGUGUGUGUGUGUGUGUGUGUGUGGACAUGGGGAGGUAUUUCCACAGCGAGGUGGACAUUAAGAGUCCGUGGCAUCAGGUGUUGGCCGCCUUCUGGCAGCGCUACCCGAACCCGUACAGCGCUCACGUCCUCACCGAGGACGUCCUCUACCGUGAGGUCACCCCCAGCAACCACCUGUUGUCACGGCGACUGCUGAUCAAGACCAAUCGGCUGCCGGGCUGGGCGGAAUGCGUCUUCCCCGCUCACAUGGCGCGGGCCGUCUACGUCCUGGAGGACUCCAUCGUCGACCCGCAAACACACACACUCAUCACCAAGACCUGGAAUCUCAACCACAACACACUGAUGAUGGUGGUGGAGCGCAGUUUGUUUGAGGAGGACAGCAGUCAGCCAUCUUGGACCAAACUGAGGCGGGAGGCCUUUAUUUCCUCGGCUGUUUACGGCCUGGCCCGGCCCAUACAGGAGUUCGGUCUCGCCCGGUUCAAAAGUAACCAGGUCAAAGCCAUGAAGGGUCUGGAGUAUGCACUGUCCAGGAUACAGACUGACUCCCCUGCUCAUCUCCAUGGCGAUCAGGGAGAUACAUCGGAGAAGCACAAGCCCCUCCCACCACAGACCACGCCCACCCAGAAGCCCAAGCAGUUCGUCUGAUCUUCGGUCGACGGAGGAGAACAUGAAGCAGAAAAUAAUAAAUAUCAUUGACUCAGUCA